CUGAGUCUAUCAAAUAUAUAUUAACACUACCACCACCUCCUCCUUUCUUGGCUCACCAUCUCCCUCGGCACCACCACCUUCUUUGACAUGGAUCAGGAGUCCUCUUGCGAUGGUCACCGUAGUAGUGGCAUUGGAAAGCGAACUGCUGUUACUCUGGCAACUACAUCAACAACAGCUCCACCUUGUGGUGCAUGCAAGUUCUUAAGGAGGAAAUGCAUUAGUGGAUGUAUCUUUGCACCAUAUUUUGGAUCAGACCAAGGUGCAGCUCGCUUCGCAGCCGUCCACAAGGUGUUUGGCGCAAGUAAUGUAUCUAAGCUUUUGUUACGUGUACCACCCAACCGACGACAUGAUGCUGUCGUCACCAUAUCUUAUGAGGCUCAAGCUAGGUUGUCUGAUCCUGUUUAUGGAUGCGUCUCCACUAUACACGCAUUACAGCAACAGGUGGCUUCAUUGGAAGCAGAGCUCUCUUCUGUGCAAAGCCAGCUGAUGAGCUGUAGGUUAGCCAUGGCAAAUGCUCUUCAGAGCAUACAGAAUCAACAGAAUCAGCUUCAUCAGCUGCCGAAUUUUGCAGUGCUUCAGCCGGCUUACUCUAAUAAUUCAUCGGCCUCCAACAACCUUGUCAACCUCAGUAGCUUAUCGUCAAAUUUCGAAAUUGCAGUUGAGACUGCGCCAUCUUCUCAUAGCUUUGACCCUCUCCAGCUCUCCAGGCUUUCACAGGAGGAAGAGGGUGAGGAAGAGAUACUUCACCAGAAAUAGUAUUCUUAUUUAAAUUCUCUUCUUCUUCUUCUUUUUUUUUUUUUUUUCUGGUGGGGGUGGGGCGGUGGUAAUAGUUUGUUUUUCUCAUCUCUCUUAUGCUCAUAGAUUGAAACAAAAUUUUCUAGCAAUUAAACAUCCUUAAGUAAUAGAUCUGUCUCACAUAAAACUAGAGGGGAAAAUUGAGACUUAAAUUACACAAAUAAUUUCUGAUAAAUUCUUUUUAAUGUUCUAAAUUUUCUCUUAGAAUAUGAAAAAGUCCCAUCAUUUUUCAUGAAUUUUUUCUCCAACUAUUCAUGGAUAAUCAUGAUCAAAUU